AUGCCUGCCCCGUUCACGACACCGCAUGUUCCGAUACCCCUCCCCGCUCUGUACCUCUAUCCCCUCAAUGACUCCUUUAUCCCCAAACACAUCUCUCUCCUCAACAACCAGCGCGUCAAGAUCGGCCGCCAGACGAAUGCGAAGACCGUCCCUGCCGAGCGCAACGGCUAUUUCGACUCCAAAGUCCUGAGUAGGCAGCAUGCCGAGGUGUGGGAGGAGAGCGGCAAGAUCUACAUCAAGGAUGUGAAAAGCUCCAACGGGACGUUCAUCAACGGCGAGCGACUCAGCGCAGAGGGCCUCGAGUCGGAGCCGUUCGAGCUCAAGACGGACGAUAUUGUGGAAUUCGGCAUCGACAUCGUCGGCGAGGACAACAAGACCAUCGUCCACCAUAAGGUCGCCGCCCGCGUCGUCUGCGUCUUUUCGGAGCAGGACGCCCAGGCCGCUGCCCGCGCGGAGGCGUCCCAGAACCCCCCUAGUUACGGUAGCGUCGCAGGGCAGGGCUCGGCGGGCGGCGCAUUCAACUUUGUAGGCGGGCAGCAGCCCGGCCCCAACGGCGCCCCCGGCCAGCAGCGACGGCCCUCGCUCCAGCAGCAGGGCCUAAUAGGCAUGGGCGGCAUGGGCGGAAACGUGCGGCCGCCUGGGAAGAGCGGCCUGACCUUUGACCAUAUUUUGAGCAGACUCCAGGGCGAGCUGCAGAAAAGCCGCGAUACGAGUGCGGAGCUGCACUCACUGACCGGCGCAAUGAACGAAAUACACGAUACCCUCGGCGGUAAUCUGCCCCCUAAUCUCCCUCCAUACCCGUCCACCCUGCCCCCUGUCAUGCCCCCGCAGACUCAACAGCAACAAGAAGCGAGCCAGCAGCCGGUGCCCCCGGCGAUGGACGCGUCUGCGCUGAAUGAGAUCCAGUCGCAGCUCCGUGAGACGCAGUUGUCGCUUGCGACGCACGUCGAGAAGAUCCGCUUGCUUGAGGGCAUGCUGGCGGAGCACGAGGUGAUCAAGCGUGAGGUGAGCUCGAUGCGGGAGCUGAUGGAGGACCGGAAACGUGAGCAGGAGCUUCUGCGGCAGCACAACAGCAGCCCGCCCCGCGCAGAGAUGCGGCACGAAGAGGCCCACGAGGAGCAGUACAUGUCGGAUGACGAUGAUGCGAGAAGCAUCGACACCGUCGUCCCCCAUGAGCUCGAGCGGGUCGACGAGGAGGACGAGGAGCAGAUCGCGGCAGAGGAGGAGGAAGAAGAGCGCCGGAGACGGCGAGACGAGCUCGGGCGGCCUGGGACCCCCGAGCCGACAGGCAUGGGCAUGGGCGAAGACGACGACGAACACGAGUCUGCGCGUCAGCGUGCCCGCGAGCAGGAGCCACCACGAUCUCCGUCGCCACCCUCGCCCGUGCUUGUGCCCGUUAGCGCCCCUUCCCCCUCGGAUGACAUCUCGGAUCGGCUCGCGUCGCUGUCCAAGGAGCUGGAGACCGCGCUGGAGCUUUCGCGAUCCCUCGAAGCGCAACAUACCACUGCACAGUCGACCAUCUCGCUGCUCGAAUCGAAGGUUGCCGCGCUGGAAACGCUCGUGCACGAUACGCAGUCGCAGGUCCGAGUACAGAGCGAGACGACGCAGCAGCUCACGGACGCGGUGCGCGCCGUGGAGUGUGCGGCGAGCUCGAAUCGCGCUGGAGAGGAGGAGCGGGCGCGAGAGCGGGAGUCGCUGACGGAGAUGGUAAACGAGUGGAAGAAGAACGUGGAGGGCCGGUGGAGCAGUGUGCAGGAGGAGUGGUCGGAGGAGCGCGAACGGCUCCGGCGCGCGAAGGAGGAGUGGGAGUUGCGGGUGCGGGCGGUGGAGGAGGGGUUUGGGCAGACGACGUCCAAGGUGGAGGCGAGCCUCGUCACCCUCGCCGCGAUGCAGGCCCAGCACUUUCAGCCCCAACCGAACGGCACCGCGAAGCUGAGCCAUAGCGGCGGGCUCGUCACCCCGCCUAGUCCGCGAAGCCUCUCGGCCGAGUCGACGCGGCCGCGGCAGCGGCGGAAACGGACGAGCGCGUCGAGGGGGCGAACGCGGUCGCGCUCUGCGUCCACGAGCACGGGCAACAGCAUGGACGCACAAGUGGGCUCGUCGACGUCGUCGGUGUCGGAGGAAGUGAGCGAGCGCGCGUUUCCGACGCCGUCUAUCCGCCACCGCUCCCCGUGGAUGACGGACGACUCGAGUGGGAGCGACUCGGAGGCGCAUGCGCUGACGCAGGCGGCGAGCGUCAUUAGCACUGCCGACUCGGUGCGCCAUGUCAAGGGUAUGCCAUUCCCCAUCACGCCGGAGUCAUCGGUGUUGAACCACCCGUUGACGACAUCUACUGAAAUAUCUGGGACGGCGACAGACUCUCGCACGAAGGAGCCACCUAGAGACCUGUUCAAUAAUCUGUCGACGGCAAUCGGCGUGCUAGUCUUGAGUGCUGCCGCUGCAGCGGUGAUAUGGCGGGUCAAGCCCGAGACAUCGCUGUGA